AUGCAGUUAGCAGAUGAUUCAAAUAGCAGCAACGAGAGAAUGCGAUUUUAUUUGCUGCAUCAUUGCAUAGUUAAGCAAACAAGUAUCACAACUAAGCUCAGAGUGGUAUUUGAUGGAUCCUGCAAGUCCAGUACUGGUACAUCAUUGAAUGAUAUUUUAAUGGUGGGUCCAAUAGUUCAGUCAGAUUUGUUCUCUUUGCUAGUAAGAUUUCGCAUAUACAAAUAUGUUUUUACUGCAAAUGUAGUAAAAAUGUACAGACAGAUUGUGAAUCAAUCACAAACGUCGUUGCAGUCCAUACUGUGGCGGGAUCAUGUCACGCAAUCAGUUCGUACAUAUGAGUUAAAAACAGUAACAUAUGGCACUGCGUGUGCGCCUUAUUUGGCAACUAGAUGUCUCAAGUAUUUAGCAGAAAUAUAUCACAGUGAUUUCCCAGUCGGUGCCGGGGCAAUAAUCAAUGAUAUGUACGUAGAUAAUUUACUGACGGGUGCACAAUCGUUGUCUGAAGCAAAAAUUAAGCGUGAUCAAAUCAUUACCAUUAUGUCAAAGGGUGGUUUUGCACUAGAUAAAUGGUUUUCUAAUGACAAGGCGCUAUUAGAGGGACUUCGGUCCACAAGUGGGCAGGAAAACGUUCUUUUAACUGAAGGCGCUGUAACUCACAUCCUUGGACUGCAGUGGGAUCCGCAUGAGGAUUCAUUUCGGUAUACAUUUGAUGGGGAAGGCAAGCAUUCGAACGUUACAAAGAAGAAUAUGCUUGCAGAAAUAUCAUGCUUACUUGAUCCCCUAGGUUUGAUCGAUCCAGUCAUUCUCAUUGCGAAGUUGAUGAUACAAGAAUUGUGGAGAUUAGAAUUAGAUUGGGAUGCCUCGGUUCCGGUAACAUGCAUUCACGUUGGUUAG